AUGAAUAGAGGGCAAAGAAAGAAAGAGUUGGAAGCAGAAUCCCAGAAAAUUUCCAGUAGCGUUCCAUCAGGGGAACGAAUGAGCAAGGUUGCAGGCCAUCUUAUCUGCGAGAAAUUUCAGAUGAAAGGGUAUGAAGAAACUGGUGGAGAGCACAAGACAUCAGACAGUGCUGGUCCUCAGGCACCAAAACAAGUUCAGAACAACGUCAUUGAUGUAAUGAAGGUCAAGGCACCUGUCAAUCAAAUGCUAUCUCAUGUCCAGUCUUUAGCUCUUAAUCCGACAUAUCUGAAGGAAGGCGACUCUCUUGAUAUGGUUGAAGAAUUUGUUUCUGCAUUCAGAAGUUCAAUCUAUAGCAAUGGAUCCAACUACAAAAUGUACAACCAAGAUAAAUCAGGAAGAACAAAGAGAAAGUCCCAAGAAUCUGAACCUGGGACGUCAGGGGUGGAGCAAAAUCUGGCUGCCCAAAGUUCUGCUGAUUAUAGAUCAAGGUCAAAAAAGCCCAAAAGGAAUGAAGAAGCAAAAUUGGAAAAGCUCAAACUCAGGCAAGCUGCCAGGGCAACAGAUGUGAAGACAAAUGACAAGGAAUCAGAUGGGAAAGCUCCGGCUGCUGCUGCCCUUUAUGUGACAUUUUCCCCAGGAUCUUCUCUUCCUUCAAAGAAUGAUCUUAUUAUAAUAUAUGAAAAAUUCGGGCCUCUGAACGAAGGGGAAACAGAGAUGUUCUACGAUCAUCGCUGUGCAAGAAUUGUCUUUCUAAGGAGCUCCAAAGCUGAGGAAGCCUUCAACGAUUCCCAGCAUGCAAGUCCUUUUGGAGCAGCAAGUGUGACUUUCCAGCUUCGAUAUUUCUCAGCUGAAACUAAGGCCAACAAACUCAGAGAGAUACCAAGCUCAAAAUCUUCUCCUCUAGCCAAGGACGAAACCAACAUGGACAAGGAAUUUGCUUCACAAUCAUCUGCUAAUGAUGUAUCACAACUGAACUAUAUAAAGCAGAAACUUGAGAUGAUGAACUCGAUGCUGGAAAUGUCAGAUGGAGCGGAUAUGAAAUCCAAAUUAGAAAGGGAAAUUAAAGGCCUAUUGGAGAAGGUAAGCACAAUGGUUGGAUCUUGA